GUUGGGUAUAAAAGGCGUACGCGGGUCAAUGCCAACCGCAGCGCCUGGGACGUGGCCGAGGGGAGAUCAGAGAGCAGAGAGCAGUGCCGGCCAUGGGAGCAGCAGCCCCAGCCCUCCUGGUCCUGCUCGGCCUGACAGCAGCUGUUUGUGAUGCCCAGAACACCUGCCCAGAUGUGAAAAUAGUGGGGCUGGGUGAUGCCGACCGGCUCGCCGUUCUCCAAGGAUGCCCAGGGAUCCCAGGCACCUCUGGCCCUAAAGGAGAACCAGGUCUGCCGGGGACAAAAGGAGAAAUGGGAGCCCAGGGACUCCCUGGAAAAGCAGGACCACCUGGUAUAAAAGGAGCAGCUGGAGAGCCUGGCUUCCCAGGGCUAAAAGGAACGAAAGGAGAGCCUGGAUUUCCAGAAACAUGGGAAGCCAGGAGCUGCCAAGAGCUAUCGGGUAAAGGGAAGAUCCUGAGCGGCUGGUACACCAUCUACCCCCAAGGCUGUAACGCCACUACUGUCUUCUGCGACAUGGACACGGAUGGUGGAGGAUGGAUUGUUUUCCAGAGGCGCUGGGAUGGGUCAGUGAACUUCUUGCGAGACUGGGAUUCAUACAAACGAGGCUUCGGCAGCCAGCUGACAGAGUUCUGGCUGGGGAACGACAACAUCCACUUCCUCACCUCGCUGGGACCCUGUGAACUCCGCAUUGACCUGAGAGACUUUGAAAACAACUACUAUUUUGCCAAGUAUGCUUCAUUCAGAGUUUUAGGAGAGUCUGAGAAAUACAAACUGGUUCUAGGAGACUUCCUUGGUGGAAAUGCCGGAGACUCCUUAUCAUACCACAAGGACAUGCCAUUUUCAACAACAGACCAGGACAACGACAUGAGCUCCUUUAACUGUGCCACAGAAUACAAGGGAGCGUGGUGGUACAACGACUGCCACUACUCCAACCUGAACGGGAUGUACUGGCUGGGUGCUCACGGGAGCUAUGCUGAUGGCAUGAACUGGAAGACCGGCAAAGAAUACCAUUACUCCUAUAAGCGAACAGAAAUGAAAUUCAGGCCAGUGUAACACGGCAAAAGGGUGUGUGACUAGUACCAACAGGGACCAUUCGACAGCCAAGAGACAACAAUGUUAUUCAAGGGCAAAAUUGGACCAGGAAGGAUAUUACAGGUUGUGCCUUCAGCCUAGAGCAGACUUUUAGAGACCAGAAGAGAUAGUUGCUGGUUUGACCUCCUUUUAGCACCAGACUCACCCUGGACUAUCUCCAGCAGCCCCACAGAUGCUGACUGAACCCGAGCAUCUUUUUCUGAAAGUGUGUUACCUUGGCUUGAAGACCAGGUGAUGGGGGAGCUACUGCAUCUCAGUAAAGCUCUCAGAUAUUGUUACCUUAAAUGGUAAUUACUGGUAAUUUUCAGUCCAA